ACCUAUAUACUUGUUUACUGUUAUGUCGCGGUGCGCUCUCUGCAGGCCACCCAGUCUCGCAAUAAAUGUUUAACUGACCGGACGUGUGUGUUUCAUUUAUAUAGACAUAUCAGUGGCGCUCGAGGAUCGGGAUUUAUAUGAAUCUAGUUUUAAAAGUGUGCUUUUAAACAUGUCAGUGGGGAAGAUAAAAGCGUUCGAGGUUUCGUCGGGCAAUUGGAGUACAUACGUGGACCGCGUGAAUAUGUACUUUAAGGCUAACGACAUCAGCGACAACUUGCAGUUGCCGACAUUGAUUGCCGUAAUGGGAGAUGAAGCUUAUGAGCUCCUCAGCAACUUGACAAGCCCUAAGAAACCAGGAGAAAUGACUUAUAAGGAAGUUAUCAAGAUAAUGUCUGAUCACAUCGAACCAAAACCAUCUUUCAUGGCGGAACGAUACCGGUUACGUCAGAGGCGGCAGGGAGAUAAGGAGACUGUCGCUCAAUAUCUGGCCGAUUUAAAAAAGAUGGCUAGGUACUGUGAUUUCUCCACAGCAUUAGAGGAUAACCUGCGUGACCAAUUUGUGUGCGGUUUGAAAAAUGACACAAUUAGACAACGCCUUUUCGCUGAGAGUGACUUAACCUAUAGUAAGGCCGUACAGCUAGCCCUUUCGUUGGAAGCCGCCGAGAAGGACGCAGCUAUGGUGGAACGCGCGAGUGUGAGCGAGACGGGCGAUGCGGGAGAGAGAGCCGAGACGGUACAUGCACUCACAUCGUGGCAACCGCGUGGCAGUAAUGGCGUUAGCAAUGCGAUUUGUGCAGUUUGCGGGAAGUUAGGUCACCGCGACGUUCAAUGUCCUUACAAAGAUUUUCAGUGUAACAAAUGUGGUAACGUAGGUCAUUUAAAACGAGUGUGUCCGGCUAGGCUAGGAGGUGGUAAUGGCGGCAAUGCCCGUGUGUCGGGUGGCGGCGCUCGUGGGUCGAGCGGCGGCAGCGGCGGGGCCCGGCGCCGGGGCGCCGGCGGCCGCAGGGGCGCGCAGCGCGCCAACCGCGCCAGCGCCAUACACCAUGUCCAGGCAGAAGAUGGCGAGACUCAGUAUGAAGAAGAGGUUACGUCGGGGUCCGACUUCGAAGAAGACCUGCAUCAUCUCUGCUUAAACGAUUAUAAAUCGGUAAGCCUGUCAUUAGGUUUAGACGAUGAGGUCAUUUCUAUGGAAAUCGACACAGGGUGCGCUGUGUCGUGUAUAGGUCGUGAUACUUAUAAUAAGUACUUUAAACACAGACCGUUGGAACAAUUCCCUUUGGUGUUAACGGUUUAUGAUGGCCGUCCAGUUAGACCCCUAGGGGUCAUAAGGCCCGUUGUUAGAUUUAAAAACCAGUUAAAAAAAUUGGAACUUUUUGUUAUUGAGGGGGGCACUACCCCCAUAUUAGGUAGACACUGGCUAACAGAGUUACAGAUUCGGAUUCCUAGAUUUCGAAAAGAGUAUUUAUAUAACUUUAACGAGUCUUGUAAUAAUGAGUUAUCUACGUUGCUUGACAGGUAUAAGGAGUUAUUUAGCGGAGGACUAGGGCGGUUUAGAGGUGGAAAAGCGACACUUCGAGUACGCGAGGGGGCCACACCGGUGUUCUGUCGCGCGCGGCCGCUGCCGUACGCGCUGCGCGACCGCGUCGAGGCGGAGCUGGACGAGAUGCUGCGCUGCGGCGUCAUCGAGCCGGUCGACACGUCGGAGUGGGCCACGCCGCUGGUACCGGUGCGUAAAGCCGAUGGGGGUCUGCGAAUCUGUGCGGAUUACAAGGUACCUCGGCCCGAACCAGUGGAACACUCUGACGAGGCACCUGACCACUCUGACCACGCUGACACUCCAGUAGCCACGAGCACGCCGCGGCGCAGUCAUCAAAGUCCGGAUUCGAGCCGAGCAGCUGACGCGCGGCCCGGAACACCGCAGAGUUCGCCAAGGUCAAGUUGUAGCGAAGACCUAUUUUUGUCACCUACAACAAGUACAACUCCACCUUCUAAACCGCCCCAGUUACCUAGGCAUAUUAGGGAAUGUCGAUUAAAAAACCCACCGAAGUAUAAAUUUUAGUUUAAAUAGUUUUUAAGUUUACUUCUAUAUGUAUCAUGCUACCCCUGAACUUAGAUAAAUACUUACCUUAAAAUGAAGGUAUACCUAAAGAUACUGUGUGUUUGUUUACUAUUUUAAUUAUCUUGGUUGAUAAAAUGUUUUCUUUUAAGGUACAAAAAAAAAAAUAAAAAAAAAUAAAAAAAAUAAAAAAAAAAGGAGAAGAUAGGUUGUUGAUAUCUGUUUCGAAAGUAUUUUUUUUAAUAUUAGGUAUAAUGUUUUUAGAAGAGAGUAGUGUAAUGUAUGUACCUAUAUACUUGUUUACUGUUAUGUCGCGGUGCGCUCUCUGCAGGCCACCCAGUCUCGCAAUAAAUGUUUAACUGACCGGA